AAAACUUCCUUGUUGGAGUACAAAUCAUAUUGCAGUGGUUAUUCCACAAUCGUUUGCUGGUUUCGAUAUAUUAUGUUGAGAAUGCUGCAAUCAAGGAUAGUAUUGAUCGUCGUCAUAUUUUGUUUAAUGGGACAUUUCUGUUUUGGUACUUCAGAGGAUAAAGGUUUGGUUCUUGGAGUUUGGAAUCCUGCUUCAUUUACAACCUUCACAGAAAUUCCUAGAGUUUCCUCAAGUUCAUUUAACAAUGUUACUUUAUCUUUAAUGCCUUCAAAUUCGCAAAUAACGAGCAUGGCGUCAGACCCAAAAGAAGCGGUAAUAUUUGCAUCUAUUAAGGAUGCCAUUUACAUUUACCAUAAUUUUUCAAUCUGGCAAAACGCGUCUCCAGAAUUUUCGAUUCAGUUUAGAGGGAAGUCUGUGUCACUUGGACAGAUCGCUUUUGAUUUUGUAUCAAAAAAUCUAUAUUGGUGUGAUUCAUUGCUCCAUUGGAUUGCCAUGAAACCAGCUUACAAUUUCAAUCACACGAUUUACAAAGUUAUAGUUCACAAGGAUUUGAAUCAACCUGAAGGGUUGGCUUUGGAUCCCGAGGAAAAAUUGAUGUUCUUUUCCGAUAACGAACCCAAUUGUCGAAUUGAAAAAGCAUCCCUAGAUGGCCGAAACAGAGUCGUAAUUGUACACAACGGAUUGUCAAGAGUGUUUUCCCUGACUGUGGACACAACAAAUAACAGGCUGUUUUGGGCAGAUCACGUCAGGCAGACAUUAGAGAGUUGUAGUUACGACGGAACGAACAGAAGAGUGAUUAGACGAAUGAAUUCGAUGGCAAUAACAGGCUUAACAUACUUCCAGAAUACGUUGCAUGUGGUCAGUUCUGUAUCCAAGUUGAUGUUUGGAGUUGACACAACAUCCGGUUCCGUACUUUACUCACGAGCAUUUCUCUCUGUACAACCAUUCACAAUUCUUGCAUAUGAUGCUGAGAACCCAGGGUCUUUUAACAAUCCAUGUUUAGCCCUGCGCUGCGAACAUAUGUGCAUUAAUAUACAAUCGGGGCCAAAAUGUGUCUGUUCUGAAGGUUUUCAACUAAAUGAGGAUGCAACUACUUGUAUUGACAGAUCUUGGUUUUAUGAGAGAGGGUUUAUCGUUAGCAACGCAUCCUUGUUUGCUAUGCAUGAGGUGCACUCUACCAGUGGUCAAUCAGAUGAGUAUUACCAUCUAAGCGUUUCUGGGGAUAUAAUCGGAACGUUUGCUGUUGACUCUAAUUCAGACAUUAUAUAUUACUAUGACAGUAGAAGUAAUUCAUUAAAGAAACUUGACAUAAUUUCGCAACAAGCUAGCACAAUAGCCUCCAUAUCAUCUGCUAAAGAUAUGAUGUUUGACUGGAUAGCAAAUCUUCUUGGAUGGAUAGAGACCAGUACGUCUAGCAUACGAUCUUUCUCAGUCGAUUCUCAAACCAAUGUUGCGAUAUAUUCUAGUCUGCAGCAGCCAACGUCUCUUACAGUUAAUCCUUAUAGUGGCGCCUUGUAUUGGAUUUCGGGUGUAUCAAUGAAGUCAAUUUUUCGCGGAUCCUGGACCAAAGACACGCCAGUGAUUUUGAUUUCGUCAGCAAACCUUAACAACCCUAGCUCCUUACAAUACGACGUCUCAAGUAACAGAUUGUAUUGGCUAGACAUCACAAUUCUCAAAAGCGCAUUGACAAACGGUACAGAUAUCAAAAGUCAUAUCAUUACAAGUGGAGCCACUGAAAUAUUCGUCUAUAAGGGCUUUUUUGGUUGGAUAUCUGGAAACAAAAUCUACUUUGCAAGAAAAACCGCAACUAGCGCGGAAGAUGAACUCAAUACGGUGGAAAAUUCAAAAGACGUUGCUCUGUUCGACGCCCUUUUGCAGCAAGACAGACGGGGAACCUGUGAUAUUUUAAAUGGAGGUUGUGGGGAAAUAUGUAUUCCCGAGGAAAAUGGCCGAAGAUGCGAGUGCGAUGUUGGCCUACAACUGCAAACAGAUCAGAGCUGUGACAGCGAAAUACUUCUAGAGAGUUUUAUCGUUGUAAUUGAUUACACUCACGGAAGAAUACUCCAGAUUGAUCUUCAGAAUGGAACUGUCGUGAAAUUACCUAUAUCAAUAAAUAGAGCUUCAGGUCUUGUAUUUGAUAAAUCGACGAUGACGCUUUUUUACGCUGAAGCUUCGUCAAAUACAAUAACUUCUACAACAUUGCACGGACAAAAUUCAACGCUUUUCUAUGCAACCGGUUUUGCGCAUGCUGACCGUCUGGCCAUCGACUACUCAACGGGUAACCUGUAUUAUACGGCUGUGGGUCCUUCGACAUCUCAAAGUUACAUUGGUGUACUUCACAGAUCCACAUCUCUUCACAAAACGUUGUUAUCCAAUCUCCAUAGUCCAAGAGAUAUAGCACUCUAUCCCUCCAAAGGAUAUAUGUUUUGGACAGAAUUUGGAAACAUAACUGAAAUAGGUAGAACUUCUAUGGACGGAACAUCCAAAAUCUACAUUGCAACAACACAGAUUGGAUGGCCCAACGGCCUAACUAUUGAUUUUACAUCUAGCAGGCUCUACUGGACGGAUGGGCAAAAUAACCGCAUCGAAUCCUCUGACCUCAAUGGUGGAAAUCGACAGGUUCUGGCGACUGAUAGUGAUGCUCAUUUAAUGAGUAUUGUGAUCCAUGGACAGUAUCUAUACUACACGGCAUGGAAUCGACAACGCAUAACAAAAAUGGACAAAAGAACUAGGUCCAAGGUGGUUUUUAUGUCGAAUCAUCCAGAGCUCGGGCGAUUAGAUAGCCUUGACAUCUAUGGCGAUGAAAGUCAAGACGUAAGCAUAAGUUGUUCGAACAAAAAUGGAUUCUGCAGUACUUUCUGUUUUCCAACUCCAACAGGAAGAACCUGUGGUUGUCAAGACAACGUUAAUAUCCAGUCAGAUCAAUUAACUUACGAAGGAGUGUCUCGAUGUCAAACUGUGCUACAGAAUUUGAAUUUUCUGGACUGCCAACCGUACCCAGGUCAAUCAUGUAAUUUUGAAUGUAAAACCGGUUAUCGACUUGCAAUCAAUACUUCUGUUUCCUGUGGGUCUUCUGGACAGUGGAAUUUGCAAACAGAUACGUUGUGUGAAGCAAUCUUGUGUCCUGUAUCAUUGGGCACUGCUGUGUUGUCACCAAACUGUAAUAGAAGGAUUGGAGACUCUUGUUCCUUCUCCUGUACUGAUGGUUACCGUCCCACAACUUCUACUAAUUUGGUGUGUACCUCUGAUGGAACCUGGAAUAUGGAUACAAAUACACUGUGUUCCCCUAUUUUGUGUCCUGUAUCAUUGGGCACUGCUGUGUUGUCAACAAACUGUAGUAGGAGUAUUGGAGACUCUUGUUCCUUCUCCUGUACUGAUGGUUACCGUCCCACGACAUCAACGAACUUGGUGUGUACCACUGAUGGAACCUGGAACGUGGGUACAAAUACACUUUGUUCACCAAUACUGUGUCCUGUGACACUACCCAAGGCUGUGUUGUCACCAAACUGUAGCAGAAGGAUCGGAGAUUCUUGUCCCUUUUCCUGUACCGAUGGUAACCUUACCGCGACAUCUACCAAUGUAGUGUGCACCACAUCAGGCUCGUGGAAUCUAGACACCAAUACGCUAUGUUCCGAUUCUCAAUGUUCAAAGAACAUAGAUAAUGGUCAGUUUAUCAACUGUCAGUAUAGUUCUGGAGAAUCAUGUCGUUAUGAAUGCUACGAUCCAUUUGAAGAGAAUCCCUCUGUUAAAAACGUUACAUGUAGCGCAAAUGGUAAAUGGAGCCAUGACAUGGAUGAAUUAUGUGUAAAACUGUGUUCCCCAACAAUUAAAAAUGGAAACCUUGAAACAAAAUGUCAACGGAAAAUAGGAAAUAGUUGUUUAUUUACUUGUGACAAUAACUACAAAUCGUCCAUUGUGUCUGAGAACAUUGUUUGUACCACUGGAGGAACAUGGAACGAAAACACAGACGUUUUGUGUCAAUUAAUAACUUGUCCCAUAGAGGUAAUCAAUGGAAAUGUUUCAUCAUCAUGCCGGGGUAUGAUCGGGGAGAAAUGUGACGUAAAAUGUGGGAAUAACGCCUUAAUCAAAACUGUUCCUAUAGUCUGUCUGUCUUCUGGUGAUUGGGACAAGGACACUUCCGUUUUGUGCAGUGAACACGUUGAAACAAGAACAACCCCUGAUGAACAGACCGACAAUUCGGUCUAUGUGUACGCUGGGCUAUCAGUAGCAGGGGUCGUCGUCGUCGUGAGUGUUGUCAUUGGAAUCUACUGUAUGAAGAAAAGACGAGAUAAUUCAACUGGAAAUCCUUACGAGGGUCAUGCCACACGAACUGAAAGCAGUGGGUACUCAACUUUCGGAAACAUUGGAUUUGAUGACUAUAGUACAAUCGAAGAUAUUGGCGAUCCAAAUAAAAACCCCUACUUAACAGCAAUUGCUGACAACGAAUCUCAUAAUUAAUUUAAAAAAAUCAUGUAUAUCAUGUACACAUUAAUCAAUCAUUUUAUUUUCUUAAUAAGGACAUUGAGUGGAAACUAACGAUAAUCAAGCAAGGUAUAACACACUGCUUCAUUAUUAAAGUUAUUAUUUUAUCAUG